UAAUUAUUUGUAAAAAAAACUUCGGUAAACAAUCAAAGAUUUCACAGAAUAUGAGCGUUUUCAUGAGACUGGGAGGCACAGCGCAAUGAGACUUUAGACGCAAUGUUCAAUGAUCGUUUCCUGUAAUUAGGAACAUGUUACGUUACAAAAAUAACAUAAUGAUUAUUGUAUAUUUCUAGUCGUGAUCAAAACGUGCAUAAACUGUAGUAAAUCAUGACUGGGAUGAUGAUAUACUUCGUGAAACUGACUUUAAUUUACCACCUUUUUGACCUCAAAGUGAUUGUUGGUGCACUCCGAUCCCCCUGUCUGGAAACUCAAAACUGGAAACCAUUCAAACUUCUUUGUGAGGAUAAUCAGACAAUAUAUGUUAAACAUCAUCACAUAAGGAAUGCCUACAAGACACCAAACUUAACGACAGACUGUGAUGGCCAGGGAAUUGGAAUUGGAGUAACAUUGCCUUUAAAUAAAGAAAUAACAUACUAUGGAUCACCAUUUGCAAAAACUGUAACCAGCUGCAACAACAAAAGGGAAUGUACUUUACAGAAAACAUACGUUGAGAACACGGAAGAAACCUUGCCUCGUUCCUCCAUUACUGAUUAUGUAGGCUCAUUAUGUCACAGCGUCGAAUAUGAGUGCAUACCGGAUUCUGAGGUGGUGCAAAACUGCAGCCAUGAAGUGGACACAGGUUAUGAACACUUUUAUUUAAAGUUGUUCGGGGACAAAGACAAGUUUUCUUGUCAAAUAAUGGGUAGAAUAUUAGGAAUGGAGAUAAUGCAGACAUACCAGACAGGAAUACGCAUAUCAUCCAACAACAUCCUGCUUUAUGAACACGAAAAGUUCAAUACCGGGGUGUAUGGGGAAAUUUUCUCGCUGCUAACCAACCAGUUGACUAUUGAAGUACAAAAUGCUGGAAUAUACAGCUACAUUUUGCUGAAAGUACAAUUAGGAACUUCUGACAGACAUGCUGUGGUCAGGCGAUACAGUCAUGAUGUGACAGCAGAAAGCACAAAAAAUGAAGACUUCAGAGACAAAUCUAACUUUUCUCCUUUGAUAUGGGUCAGUACGAUCAUCACCAUAAUGAUAUCACUUCUGAUGGUAUUAUCAAUUAUUCAACAACAGAGAUUAUUGAAGCGCAAGUCCACCGAGGUCCAUGUAAAAGCUGCAGACAAAACGUUUGUACUCAGGAGUUGUCAAGCAUACGGAGGUGACUUGAACAUAGAAAUACACAAAGCAAAAUGUAUGUGUAAACGUGAAAAGCCAAGUAAACUACAUGUAGAGACUGAAAAACAUCCAUUGUACGAAAAUAGUGUUUCAUAUUUAACGGAAUCCCAAGAUCAACAGUGUUCAUCGUCUGUCAACUGUGAGCCACCUCAAGGAGAAGAGGAAUUGUACAUAGAUAUGCUGCCACGUGCUUAAAACAUUGCUGUAUACAAAUAGGGAUCAUUAUUGCUUACAAAUGCCUCACAACCGACACAAUUUCUUACCAGUUAUAUCAGUGUUACUAUUAGUCGAGCACAAAACAAACAAGAGGCCCAUGGGCCACAAAUCGCUCACCUGAACAAUAGUCCUUGUAUCAUUUUAUUUCGAAAGGGUUUAUUAUGAAGUGAACUCUGAAUAAAUAUUGUAAAACUCAUAUAUUUCAAGAUUUUGCCAUAUAUUAAACAAUACAUAAAAAGAAGAAACAAUUUUAUCUUUGGCAUGUUCUUUAUUCAUAGUUAUUUACACAUCAAAUGAGACUGAAUUUUAAGCUCUAAAAUACCCAUUUGCAGUAAAAAAAAUCCCAUUUCACUGAAAAAAUUGAAAAAUAUUCGUUAAAUAAUUAAAAGAUGAUAUUGGCAUCUGUUUUGUAUUUCAAUCAUUAAAAGCUUCUUUAUCGAUUCAUCAAAUAAAAAUAUUGCAGGUGUGAUGAGGACAUUAGGCAUAUAAGAUUUUGCAUCCUCAUCGAUCAUCUGUCUUAUAGACUAAACUAAA